AUGGUGGAGCAAUGUUUGGCGAACCAUUCGCACCAUUGCUACGAAGAUUUCGACGCCUUUAAGAAGUGGUAUCCGGUAAGGUCAUCACCCAAAACCGCCUUGGUUUAUUUAUAUGCCUUUUACCGUUGCGGCAGAACUCUCCCCCUUUUUGAACACUCCCCCUCAUCUUUAAAAUUCAAAAAAUAAGGUGUGACAUGUUAUACGAUGGAAAAUUUUUUCAAAUUGAGAAAAAUUGGGUGUGACAUCUCAAUUUGAAAAAAAUGCAUCGUAUAAGAUGUCACACAUAAUUUUUUUCAAUUUGAAAAUUUUUUUAUCGUAUAAAAUGUCACACCUAAUUUUUCUCAAAUUGAAAAAAAAUUUCAUCGUAUAACAUGUCACACCUCAUUUUUCUCUAUUUGAAAAAAAAAUUUCAUCGUAUAACAUGUCACACCCCUUUUUUUCAAUUUUUAAAAUGGGAGAGUGUUCAAAAAAUGGACAGUUUAGAUUUCGGUGAAAAUCAAAAAAGGGGGAGAGUUCCCCGCCUUUUUUGGGGGAGAGUUGAAAAAGGGGGAGAGUUCAGGCUCAACCGUCUUUUACUAAAGGCCACUAGGCUUAUAUUUAUUUCAGAGCCAGUUUAUCGACCAUAUUCCAUACGACUGCCCGAUCAUACGAUAUCUCGACUUCCCAUGCGCGCAAGCAGGGUAUUUCGCGGUAAAGCCGUGUGUCAAUUACAAAGUGGAAGUUUGCGAUACUGUGAGAAAAUAUGUGUCGACAUUCCCGGAGAAAUACCCUUUCCACCUCCCCGGAAUCCCCGAUGAGCCGUACGAAGUGAACGAAUCGCGUCCAAAAGACGAGCCAUUGUGUGAAUGUAUGUUUGUCAGAUUCUACAGUUUAGAAGAGUGUCGUGAAGCGCGAAGAAAUGGAUCGCUACCACCUCCAAUGCAAUAA